CGUGCUCGGUGAAGAGAGAAACUAAAACUCGUCUACGAAAAUUAAAUUAAAUUUAAAUUUAACAGAUUAUAUUAACCAUGAUUGGGAAAGGGAUGAUAUGUCUGCUUUUAAUUCCGGCGAUAUCGUUAUCACCAACCCCGUGUGAAGACCAGCCAGAGGGUGUGUGGCUUGGAGAGGGGUCACGUGAUUGCAAGUACCUGACCAGCCUCUACCCCGAGGACCGGAUAUGGGGCGUGUACGCCGCCAGGGAGCGCCUGUGCGCCGAUCGCAGUACGCGGUGUUGCGCUUCCUGUCGCAUCCUUCUUGGGGGCGAGAAGUCGCCUGCCCUAACACCUGAAUCUACGUCGGCUGCCCUAACCCAUGAACCUACGUUGGGUGCCCUAACACCUGAAUCUACGUCGGCUGCCCUUACACCUGAAUCCACGUCGGCUGCGCUAACACCUAAAUCUACGUCGGCUGCGCUAACACCUGAAUAUACGUCGGCUGCCAUUCCUCCUUCGCCUCAGACGAGCGCCAGAAAUGGUCCGUCUUUGCAAGACACAUGCACAGACCAGUGUCUCAGCGGCGUCGACGGCACUGUUCCCGGAAGUACGUGUGCCUGGUUACUAGACGCGGAGCGACUAACACUGAAGAGUGCCAGCUACUUCUGCGAAAACGGAUUUGCUAGUGGAUGCGCGAAAAGCUGUAGUAAACUUAAGUUUCAGACAAAGGCUGUCACUGAACCCACGUCUGACCCAACUGUCACCGCAGAAACAUGUACGGACCAGCCCGAGGGUGUGUGGAUCGCUGACGGGUCACGUGAUUGCAAGUACCUGACCAGCCUUUACCCAGAGGACCAGAUAUGGGGCGUUUACGCCGCCAGGGAACGCCUGUGCGCCAACUCCAGCACGCGUUGUUGCGCCUCCUGCAAGGCGGUUAAUUCGGAUGAAAAGCCUUACACUUUCAACGAAAACGGCGAUAACGAGGCUUUUCAACCGGAAGAUUCAAAGGCAGUGAUCUCGAAUAGCGAGAACGGAAAUGACGUCGGCAAUUCGGAUGGUACUGAUACUUUAACAGAAUCUCCAGACGUUGUUGUCCAACGAUUGAUCGUUGAGUUCAUACGAGAACAAGAUCAAGAGAGAAAAACUCUGCUUUCAUUGAUAAAAUCCUUAUCGAACCUAGUUUCAAAGUCAAUGGAAAUCCAAAAGUAGUAUUUGCAAAGUUAUUUGGUUUUUGAAGGCUUUGAAUGCGUAUUAGCUAAAAUAUACCCUGAAGAAAACUGCCCAUUGUCUACAAUGUAUGAACGUCUAUUUUGCAUACUAAUGUUUACUUAGUUAUGCACAGAUUGUAUGAGGAAAACAAUGAAAGUGAAAAUACACUUUCGUACGUUAAAUUUCGAGUGUGCAUUACCCCUAGCCUAUUUUCAAAUAAUGUCUAUAGAAGUAAACCGAAUAAGCACACUCUGAAAGUUUAAAUUGAACAUGAUGAGCGACAGUGGGGGACUUA